CCCAAAGGUUGUGUUUCACUUUACCCUGAUUCUUCCUGAGUCCUGUGCACCCAAGGGUCCCUCACAGAUCCUCCUCUCCUGCCUGGUGGCUUUGCUGGUCUCACUUCCUGGAGGGAACCAGGCCAUGGCUUGGAUCCUGCUUCUGCUGCUGUCAGCUGCAUGCCUGCAAGCUGGUUACUCAGCAGGAUCCAACAGAGAAAGACCCUUUGGGGUCAACCAACCAGCACACCUCUCUGGUGUCCAGGGCGGCUCCCUCGAGAUCCCCUUCUCCUUCUACUUCCCCUGGGAGUUGGCAGAGGAUCCACAGAUGAGGAUUCUCUGGAGAUGGAAGCACUUCCAUGGGGAAUUUAUCUACAACUCCACCCCGACUUUCAUACAUAAGCAUUUCAAGAACUGGCUCAUCCUGAACUGGACACAGCCUCAGACAUCCGGAGUCCUCAGAAUCCUGAACUUGAAGGAGAAGGACCAGACAGUGUACUUCUGCCGAGUUCAUCUGAACACAAGACAUGGCGUGGAGAAUGUGCAGACAAUUGGAGGGACCCACCUGACCAUCACCCAUGCCAUCAGCACCACCAUGCAGAGCCCCUCCAUCCUCACCUCUGCAGUCACCACAGCUGGCCUGGAGGACACAGAGGGCCAGAGGAAUCCUUCACUUGUGAACCUGGGAGCCACAGUCGGGGUGGUAUUGGCCACAGCUGUGCUCAUAACCCCCGUCUGUGUACUGAUGAUCUUCCUCUGGGGGAAACAAAGGUAA